GAGCACACGACGACAGAGGACGAUGCCCUCGAAGCCGAGGUAAUUUAAUGUGUCUAAAUCUUAGUCUAAUUGUGCUAAUCCACACCUAGGCGCUCAUCGCAACUGCCAAGGGAGAAGGGCCGGAGACACCACAUCUCGACCGCAUCAGCUCCAUGUGCACAACUGCAGGAGUUCCAAGGCAGCUCCACUUGGAUGCCAUCAGGACCUCGUCCGAGCGAAACGAAGCUGCUCACUAUCCACCACCACGCUUCGAGGACCAUCACACUGGUGGGGUUGUGGAUUGGGACGCCAUUUCCGCCGCCUGUAAGGAGCGGAAAACGACUGUCGAGGACGACUUCGAAAAUGGGACGCUUACCGAAGCCCAGAAGGAUUUCUUUCUACAAGCCAUAGACAUGUGGCUGGAAUUGCGCGUGUCUUGGUCGGAGGAUGAUGGCUUGAAACCGACGGAAGCAGGCGAUCCACUCGCUGCAACACUCAAGACCACGCUCGGGAAGAAGGGAAAGGAGGGUGCAGCACCAGCAAGACCACCCGUCCCACCACCAAGCCCAUACGUUGAGGGAAAGUGGGAUGAUUUGGAGACCAGCACAUAACGUCGG